AGUUAAAAACAGAAGCCGGUUCGCAUCGGAAUAAAACAUAAAGAAAGAAAAUACAGGACAUAACAGAGAUGAACUUGCAGCCUCCAGAUUUUUAAUGUUCAACUCCAGUAGUGUGGGGUCCUCCGGGCCAGAGGACGGGUUCGAGGAUGACUCCUACUCCCCAUGCUCCCUCUCCUCAUCCUCUUCCACUCACACGGUGUCUCUAGAGGAAAAUGUCACUUGCACCUCCUGUGGGCAGGAGAUAUUAGACAGAUACCUGCUCAAGGUGAGCAACUUGUGUUGGCAUGUGCGCUGCCUCUCCUGCUGUGUGUGCAAGACAUCACUUGGACGGCAUGUGAGCUGUUUUAUUCGAGAGCAACAGGUGUUCUGCAAACUUGACUACUUCCGGAAGUAUGGAACCCGAUGUGCCCGCUGUGGUCGGAACAUCCAGGCAAAUGAUUGGGUUCGACGAGCUCGGGGCAGCACUUUCCACUUGGCAUGUUUUUCCUGUAAGUCUUGUAAACGUCAGCUAUCCACCGGAGAGGAAUGUGGACUGUUGGAGAACCGAAUAUACUGCCGGCGGCACUAUGAUCUGAUGGUGGAGAACAUCAAGCGAAGCAAGGAGAAUGGUGAGCAUCAAGACUCAAUUUAUAGGUGUUUGGUUCAGACUUUCAAAAUCUUCAUUUUAGAGUCAAAAACUGAAGAGGAAAUGAGCAAAGAGAGCUCCUGCACUAUGCCCAAGCCAGCUAAGAGAGUCAGGACCAGCUUUUCUGUUGACCAGCUCCAGAUCAUGCAAAGCCAAUUUGCAAAAGACAAUAAUCCAGAUGCCCAGACCCUUCAGGCGCUAUCAGACAGGACCGGUCUGACCCGCAGAGUCAUUCAGGUUUGCAUUUUAAAUAUAUUACUUAUCAGUAGGUUUGAAAACCUUCAAAUGCAUUUUUUUUUUAAUCCACUGCAGGUGUGGUUUCAAAACUGCAGAGCUCGUCAAAAGAAGCACAUCAUUCCAAAUCCACCACCUGCCACCAUCAUGACAUCACUUCCUCCCGAUCACAGUUCAGCGCCUCUGAUGGAGGAUUUGCACUACACAAACUACAUCUCGCAAGAUGUCCCACUUCUCACCACGUUCACUUACAUGGAUGUCCAAAAUCCAGACACACUGUUGCUGCAGCCACUGAUGUCGCAGCCACUUGGACAGCUCCCUGCCAGUCAUGCCUGAGUUGCAGUGCAUCUGAACGGUCCUCUUCAGACACGAGUCGUUACCAUAACAAAAUAAAUCUGUGAAUAUGUAACACUGGCUUCAACUGGAAUUUGAUCAACACAUUAAAUAUUGCAAUGCCAGAAGCUGACAAAAGGCGCUAAAUCAAAUUGAUGGAUUUGGUUUAAAUAUGCUGUGUAUUAAAUCUAAUUUAUUCAGAGAAACCAGAAGCUUUAUUGAUCUCAAAUGAUUUUCUUGGUCAUUUUGUUUUGUGGAACAUCUUACAGCUUGUAAUGAACUAAAAAUGAUUUGGGUGGAAACAGAUUAAAACAGUGAUCGCAUGGUAUAGAAAUUCAGAUGUUUCUUUUGUCUUGAUUUGAAUGAAUUAAAUUGUAGAUUUUCAGCUCUCACUCUGUGAAUUCUGAACAACAUUCUCCAGACUGACAAAACACUGCACCAGGGCUGAGAUAUAGCACACUGGGUUAUAGUCACAGACACAUCUUCACAUGAGACUGAGGGUCACAUGUCCAAGGUCAAAUGACUGGGGAGAAACCACUAUGGAAGCAACCCUGUCUGAAGAGAGUUGUUGGUCAAGCAAAGAGUUGGACUUCCGCUUUCCUACUGUGUUAUCAUCAGUGAUGGCUGUUGGUGUUCUCUGCAGGGUGAGCCAGUUCAGUCAUUGUCACAAAUGAUGGUCCCAACUCCAUCAAGAACAGACAAAAUUCCACCAGCUCCAUUAUACAUUGAAAAUAACUCUGAAUAUAUAAAGCUCACAAUAAUUUAUGCUUUGUUUCCUUCAGAUGACCCAUGUUUUCAGUAUGUAAUGAGAAAAGUUG